GUUUUUGAACACAUAUCAAAUGGAUGAGUCAAUAUCAAUAAUUAGAAUGUACAAAAUAAUUGAUUUCUACUGUACAGUACAGUAAAUUUAUCUAAUUUCGAUACAACUUUGAUUAACCGAGAAUUUGUUUUUCGUUCUUUUUAACACGACACACAGCCGAAAAGCGAAAAUGAAAAGAUUUUAAAAUCAAACAAAACAAACUACGAAACAACAAUCAGCAAAAUCCAAAAUUUUAUUUUAAAUUCAAUUGUGCUGCUUUUUUCCUUUUAGCUAUUGGUUGGUUGACUAUAGAUCGGAUCUAACUAAUAUCUGUGAACAUAUGACAUUGUGUAAUAAUUACUGGUUUGACGUUGAAUGAAUAUUUUUUAUGGAAAAAACUUUUCAUUGAUUGUUCAAACAUCAUCGCAUUCCAGUAUUUCGCAUCGCAGUGAAAAACAUUGUAGCAAACUAAAUCACACACAUACAAACAUAAAUAUAUGUUUGGGAGCCUUUGUUUUGACGUUUUAAGUGCCAUAUCUGAAUGCCUCAUCAACGGCGUGGUUUUACUGUGUAUCUUGGAUGCCCAAUUUCAACUAUCUCUAAUUUGUUCUAAUUGUUGAUUGUAUGCAGUUGGCAUUGCAUCGACAUCAACAAGUUUGUUGCUUUGGUGGCGUAAAUUCUUGGAUUGGCAUUGCAUUCGGCAACAACAACAGAAACAGAGAAGACGGUUCAACCGCGACGCGGUCACAAUUACGAGAAUGUAUGAAUUUCGGCCAUUUCUUGUUACCCGUUGUGAAUACAAAAGUUAUGCAAAAGCAACAAGUAUCGGUCGGGGAAUAAACUACAUACCCAAACCACGUAGCGGCCAUCGAGUUGUUGCCAACGAAACCGACCUAUUCUCAUUCGGAGGCUACAACCCAAACAUCGAAAACAAACUUUUACCAGAACUAUUGAAAUUCAACUUUUUAACGCAAAAAUGGAGCAUAGUCUUCUCGUCUAAAAGUUCUAAUAUGCCACAAGAAUCUGUUUCGAAUGCACUCACAUUGAAGGAUAAUUGUUUGGUGUUGUAUGGCGGAACGGGUUUCCCAUUCGGUGAGAAAAGAUCAAAUGAAACAUACCUUAUGUGGCCGUAUGAACAGUUGAGAGCGAUUGAACAUUUGGUUACGCAAGGAAAUAAGCCCGAGCAAUUGUACGGUCAAUCAAUAUUAAUAAGAGGAUAUUAUCUAUACGUCUUGGGUGGAACAUCUGGACACGAAUUUACAUGUGAUAUUCAUAGACUUAAUUUGAACACACGUACGUGGGAGUCAUUGUAUGUAUCCAAUGAAAAUAUUCGAGACAACGACCCAAAGGGAAGGUACCGGCAUGAGAUUGCUCAAGACGAUGAAUACAUAUAUAUUUUUGGGGGUGGGACACAGGACACCUCAUUCGAUAUGGAAGUGAUACCAGCAUACAAUUUCCUCAAAAAUGAAUUCGUUUUCAUCCCAACGAAUGCGGAUCCAUCAUUUGGUUACCCAGAAGCCCGACGUUUUCAUUCGUGUGUUCAGCAAGGGGGUGAGGUAAUAAUUGCAGGUGGAUCUAAAGCGGUUGGAAUAUAUUUUGACGAUAUCUGGAAAUUCAAUCUGCGGACUCGUCAAUGGAAACUUCUCCAAACGAAAUUGCCUUACGUUCUAUUUUUCCAUGAUGCGGCUGCCGUCGGCAAUGGGCUGAUGUAUAUAUUUGGUGGUGUUACAACCCGCAACGGUGAUUUGGUGCGAACGAAUGAUUUGCAUAAAAUCUGGGUUCAAAUACCAAAACUCAGUGAAAUUUGUUGGGAAGCACUAACUUUUUAUGAUCCGACUAUAGCCAACCGAAGCAAAAAAGCAUUGCUUGAAAUAGGAGUGCCACGUACAUUUGCCGAACGAGCUACUCACGGUCGCAACACCGGCGCCGAUUAAUUUCAAAGUUUGUCAACACUAAACGAUUGAUUUUCAUUACACAUCAACACAUCGAUUCGUUGGCAUUCGUUGAUUUUAUUACUGUUGAUGAAUGACCUUCAUGUCAAUGAACUAAUAAAAAUAUCGUUGACUCGGUAGACUAUAGUGUAUACAGCUCGUUUCCUGAGUCAACACCUUGAUUACAAUUCUAUUCGCAAGUUCAUAUAAUUUAUAUAAUUGCAAACACAAAAAACAAUUGUAAAUAAAAAUUGUGUAGGGUAACUUUGCUUAAAUCAUUUGAAUUUGUACAGAGUUUUAAAAGAAAUUGUGAUCCAUUUUCGAGAGUCCACAUUUCAAUCAGCAUUUAUUUGCUUCGUCUAAAAUACUAAAACAAUGAAAUAAUAUUUUUUUACAUUAAUGUUAAUUACUUAAUAGAAAAAAGUAAGGCAAAAUAAAACUCAUUUCAAGUGUUGCAAUGAUUUUAAUUGGCUUUUGGACACAAUAUACAUCAUUCAUAACAGUGGACCAUAUAGAAAAAAAGCAGUUCGUUAGAUUGCCAGAAUAAAAUGUUGAAAACUGUAUUUUCAUUUGUAUAAAA